AAACAUUAAUAUUUAUGAAUUGCAUAAAAAUAAAAAUAUCUUUAUACAAACCUUAUGCAUAGUUAACGUUCUUGCCUUAAACUUUAAUAAUAAAACAUUUCGCACUGAAAUUAAAGCUAAAAUCACAAAAUUGGUGCUACCGAACGACUUUGUUAUGUUGUAUAUUUCUUGUAUGUUAUCUAUUAGAAUAUAAAUAUAAUUACAUAGUUAUUGUGUUAUAUUAAAGAUAAUCAAAUCUUCCAUGUUUACAGUAAGUCGGUCAAAACUUAAAAUCAAUACUGUGCCUAUAAGUAAGAAAACAAGAAAAAAUAAGCAUCGAAUUGGUGUUGGUGCUGUAAGAUCUAACAAUAUCUCACACCAUCAAAUAACUCGUCCAGGAAUUGUUAGAGUUGCUAACAAACUAUUAGAUCAGUCAAAUAAACCUUUAGUUGCAAGGUAUAAGCAUUAUAUGGGGAGUAUAAUGGAUUUAGAAGAACAUGUAUUACGAUUAAAUGAGUGCCCUACUGAACUGGAAUCAUCUAUUAUAACUGAAAUUAUAGCAAAAAAAAAUAAGCUUAAGAUGAUGGAUAAUAUGCAAAUUUUCAGCAAUACUAAAUCUGAAGUUGAAUUUUUAUGUGCGUUUGAAGUUUAAAUUUUUACAACAUUUAAUGUUCACUCGAUUUUUCAUCUAGCGAUUUUCUUACUCUGUUGUAAUUAAAUAACAAAUUACUGUAAACACUUUAAAUUUACACCAGAUGUUUACUUCAUCAAUUCUUAAAUUUGAUUUAAUUUUCAAAAUAUUUUAACUUGUUUUUAG